UAUAAGCGAGCUGCAAAAUCCGUAGCUUUCGUCAGUUACAUCGUGUCUAAAGUUCCAUUUCAGUCUUUACUUCGUUUCUCGUCACAGUCCUCCGUUUUCCUCGCCAUCCACCAUGAAGUUGGCUAUCUUGGCUGUUUUGCUGGCGGUUGCAGCUACUAGCGUGGCUGGCGGACAUCACCGACGACACUCCGAAUGCUGCAGUGCGUGGAAACGCUACAUUGUCCCGAUUUCCUCGUCGGUGGCACCAACCAAACCCACCACCAAGCCGUGGCAGUACGCCGUCCGUGUGGGUCAGAGCCUGUUCAUGACCUCGGUGCGCGCCUUCACUUCCUUCGCCAACCGCACCAUCAUCAGUCCGGGCGGCACCUACAACGAAGCCAUCCAGGUGAUGAGCUUGACGGAGCAGAUCCUCAACGAAGCCGGCUGCACCUGGAACGACGUGCACGAUGUAGUGGCGCUCAUCACCGCCGGCCCCACCGACUACCCCGUCAUCGACACCGCCAUGAACGACUUCUGCGCCACCCACGGCUGCUCCGGCUUCCCUUGGACUGGUCAUCUGCGCACUUCUCCAUCCUUCAGUGGCGGCGCCACCGUUGAAUUCACUGUCCAGGCCAGCAACUGCGACUGGACCGGAGAGGACAACGAGUGCUCUUGCGAAUAAUGAUUUGGAUUUGCCUUUUUGCCGUGUUUAAGCAUCUUCAUCAACUGCAUACCGAAUUGGCUACCAACACCAGCCAUCUGUGCGCCAUUUGCUAUUUGAAAAAGUAAUUUUGAACUGUCUUCUUUAAAAAACGGUGGGUGUGUUAAUUGCGACAACAUCAACACCUGAAAUGAUAUACUAAGCACUGAUGCGAGAUUUAAUUCCAACGAACUGUGCUGUAACAACCAUGCACGACGUCCAACCGCAUCAUAUAAAGCGCGCUUUUCUUC